CCUAACAAGAAGAGUCGAGUACGGCCAAAUAUCCGUACCUCCUACUACGACCCGGACAAGGCCCAACAAACCCAAUACUCAUUCGGCCCAAUACUCAUACGGUUAGAUGUACACGCAACACGCUCGAUAGGUGGGAACGAAGAGAUCAGACUGUCUGACAAUUGGUGUGAUUCAUCAAUAUCCCUUGAUUCAUCAAUCUUCCCCUGUUUCGUACUUGUUGCUCUGUUUCUCCUACAGCCGCAAGCAAGCGAUUCAUCAGAAUUCCAAAUCCAUGGAAGACGAUGAUCAUCAUCAUCACGGCAAGGAAGAGUUGAAGCACCUAUGCAAGUACUGCGGCAAGCGCUUCCGUAGUGGCAGAUCGUUGGGAGGUCACGUAAGGUCUCAUAGAGAGUGGAUCUGGGAAAGCUCACCUGAAGUUAAUGAUGGCAUCACCGGCAUCUACAAAAAGAAGCUCCGUCCCCUUUCCGACUACAGAUCAGCUAUGGAUGAGGAGGAGGACGUGGAGGAGGAGGAUGUGGAAGCUUUUCUUGCUUCUUUGGACCCCAACCAUGAAAUAUUGCCACGAUCCAGAGUGUUGGAAUUGUUAAGUAAAGAAGCAAUCGGUUGCCUCACCGCACUUCUCGAACGCAAAAUCCCUCACAAUCGCUUGGAUCUAUUUGCUUAUGCUGACCGCAGCCGACCGCUCAUAUUUGAAGCUGCUGAGAGAGGGUUCUAUGGGGCGGUCGUAUUGUUUUUGCGACAUGGGGUUUCUCCCAGUGCUAGGCUACCAACACGCUAUGAUCGGCCGGAGAUGAUUCCCAUCGAUUCUGCAAUAUUUGCGAGUUGCAGCGAGCAAUGGGAUUUGAAAUUCCGGAACAAGAUUGUUUAUCAUCAAAGGCUCUACAGUUUGAUGCUCUGGCUUCCCGAAUGGAUCAGCAGCAAUUUGGACUGGUGGCACACGGUCAAGCUGCUUGGACAGACCACCGAACAGGGGAUGCUGGAGAUGAGGAUUCUGCAGUAUGCAAGGAAUGGCCAAGCUGCCAGGCUGCUCUGGCUGCUGCUUGCAGUUCCUGACCGAGUUCUCUCCCCCACAUUCUUCAGGGACACCACUCUCCAGCAGCGUUUUGGAACUGCCUCCUUGUCACUCCGCAAUUUCCUUAUUGCUCAGCUUGCUUUCUUCACUGGCAUUAGGUUCACCCUCGAACCCCACGGGCGCAGCCACUGGAAAGGGAUCCGCCACGAUCUGGGGUACAGUAAAUCGAGCCUAACGUGUUCCCUGCGAUUGCUUGAAGUCUUCCGCAGGGCUGGCCCCCAGUUGUGUCACUUAAUGGCAAUGUUAGAGAAGGAAAAGGAAAUGAAAACAGAAAGGGAAAAGGAGAGGGAAACGUAUCCCCUUCUUCCCAAUUACCCAAUUGCUCAACAGUUCAAGACUGUGCUCAAGGAAGCUGGCUUCCCUAUGGCUUCUCUCCAAUGCCCGGACAGAACUACUCACCAGGGCUGGAAGCCGGAGCCUGACUAUCACUGGACUCCCCAGAGAGAUGACUACCCUGAAUUGGAGUUCUUGAUUCGACCACCACAUUUACGCAGAAGUGAAAUUCUUGAUUCAGACUUCAACAGAGCCAUCGAGAAGUUAUGCCAGCAUCCUUGCCUGAAGGAAUGGACAUCCCAAAUGUCCAUUUUCAAGUUGCUUUUCAUAUUUUGCCUCCCUGAAGUGGUAGAAAAGAUGCAAUCCGUGUUACCCCCCAAGUAUGUUAACCCUGCAACUGUUAUCCAACCUGUGUAUCUUGCUGAGUUAUGCUUCACAUAUAUUGCGGAGGGCCGAAUUGUUGAGUUCACAGCUGCUCUAAUGGCUACACAAGUUCUUCUUCGGUUGGGAUAUCCACUACGUCCUCACACAUCUCGUAAUAGCAAUAAUAAUGUGGAUCAUCAUCAUCGUAUGAUUGUCCCCACUACUGUCUAUGAAUCACUGCUGCAUGCCUUGAUGAGAGUGCUUGAUGAAGAAAUCAGCUUAACCGGGAAACCUAAGGACGAUGACUCUGUUCAAAUUUGCAAAGAGAAAAAAUUAGUGAUAUCUUCUGCGUUCCUACUAACCAAGAUAUUCGAAAAAUCUGCACAAGAUUUUCAUUGGUAUCUUCACUCACCAAGAUAUAAGGAACUUAGGGAUUUGAAGUUGAUAGUAAAUGAUGUUGCCUCCUUGCUGAAAGGCACAGGCUUUGCGUUAAGAUCCCGAGACAUCUGUGUGAAUGAGUUAAACUGUUUCUCGAGCAAAUCAGGUUCCAGCAAAACGGAGUUAGAAGGAAGUUCAUCAUCAUCAUUUGAGCCACUUUUGCAGACAGCAAAGUUGACGAAAUUUUCCACAAGGACAUUUGAGUCAUCCUUGCAUGCUCAGUCAAUUAGCAAACUUCCAGCUCGCUCUUAUCACUCAUUCCCAACUUCAAGAUACCCAGGAAAUAGGGUAAAUUCGGUAGCAAAAAAGGUGGAGGCGAGAAAACAGUUAGAUGCUAUGCGGAGGAAUAAUUGGAGGUUCUUGACAGUGAUAAGGAGGGUAAUAAUGUGGUUUUAAACGGCUUCCAUGGAGACUCGGCAUCAUGUAGGAUAGAACCCCAACUGGAGAGAUGUAAAGCCAGUUUGAAUGACAUUAUAAAAAGAAAAAGCCAGUUUGAAUGAACUCCGAACUGAAGAGGUUAUGAAUUUAUCGCUACCUAACUCGAAGCCAUUCUAUUGCAUAUGUAUGUUUCAAUAUUUGUGUAUUGAUUUCUGGUGCUGACAACUGAGGAAGGAAUAAAGAUUCAACCUGAAAUUAUGUAUUGAAGCAGAAUCCAAAGGCCACCGUUAUCAUCACCAUCACCAUCCUCUACUGUUGAAACCCAAAAGAGACCAGAAGAAAUCACAGAGUAGUAA